UCUGUUCGUGUAGUCCUGAUCGCUGCAGGUCGAGCAGGCGAACCCAUCGGCCCCCUCUUCCGUUCUCUCGUGCCGGAGCUGCAGAGAAGAGACCAUCAUGCCUGGACUUCUGCUGGGAGACGAGUUCCCCAACUUCGAGGCCGACACCACCAUCGGCAGGAUCAAGUUCCACGACUUCCUGGGCAACUCAUGGGGCAUCCUGUUCUCCCACCCGAGGGACUUCACCCCCGUCUGCACCACUGAGCUCGCCUGCGCCGCUAGGAUCAGCGACAAGUUUAAGAAACGAGGUGUGAAGAUGAUUGCCUUGUCUAUUGACAGCGUCGAGGAUCACAGCAACUGGAGCAAGGAUGUGAUGGCAUUCAACAGUGAGGCUGAAAGCGCUCUGCCCUUCCCCAUCAUCGCUGAUGACAAAAGAGAGCUGUCCGUCCAGCUGGGCAUGCUGGACCCCGAUGAGAGAGACAAGGAUGGAUUGCCCCUCACCGCCCGCUGUGUCUUUGUGAUUGGCCCCGACAAGAAGCUGAAGCUGUCCAUCCUCUACCCUGCCACCACGGGGAGGAACUUUGAUGAGCUGCUGCGAGUUAUCGACUCCCUGCAGCUCACUGCACAGAAGAAGGUCGCCACACCUGUGGACUGGAAGCCUGGUGACAAAGUCAUGGUCAUUCCUUCGCUCUCUGACGCCGAGGCUGCCGCUCUCUUCCCCAACGGCGUGACCACUAAAGAGUUGCCUUCUGGGAAGAAAUACCUGCGCUACACCCAGCCCUGAGGAGACACUAAAGACAACAUCCUGCUCACCUUUCCUGCUCUAUCACCUGGAAAUCACACAUAAAGCUGACCAACAGCAUAGAUGCACUUAUCUGGUUGGGGGACUGGUUAUUAUUUCAGUCCUCCAAUGUGUCCAGCGGUAAAUCAGGAGUGUUUAUUGUGCCGUUGUACAGUGCCUUGUUUACUUCCCUUCAAUAAACACACUUUUCACACA